AUUUGCCGGCCAAUGCGUCCUGGAGUUUCGCCAUGCCGGCGCCACCGCCAUCCAGAAUCACCACGACUUCGCCGGCGCCUGCUUCCCAAUAGCGGAUGGUUUCACCCCCAACGUGAACCAGCCGCUCCGCUUGAUAAACCUCAGGAUCCGCCGACGUGCCUGACAUACGUUGCUCCCAACCCCUGGCCGCGGUUACCCUGCUAA